AUGGGAGGCUUUGAGGGUCAUCUGUACCCAGGGCUGUCUUUCUUCCUCUAUGGACUUUAUCACGCACGACUCGUGUUCAGGGCCUUGAUAUGCAACAUCCCCGUUCAGUAUCCCCCACGCUGUCCCUGGAGCAAAGGAAGAUGGGCCAGGCUGCAGCAAAUAUACUAUGUUGGCUUGGUGAAGAUACUGAGCGCCUGCAUUUUAGUAGCCCAAGAGCUGCAUAGCAUCCCUGGACAGCUUGUAUUCAUCAGCAAGAUAUAUCAUCAGAGGAACUUUAUGUACCGCAAGCAGUGGCAGCAUCUCACUCUGUAUAUGACCUUCUUCCUGAGUGGGUGUGUAGAUGUGGUGAGCCAGAACCUGCUGCCCCAGAGGUGUGCUGCUCUGGAGCAAGGUGCCCAGGUCCUGGGCAUGUCUCUACUUCUGCCCCUGAUGGUGUCUCACAUACAGGACUCAGACGGCGUGGAGCUGCAGUCUCACAUCCUGCUCAUCCAGGCCGUCUUCCUGCUGACGCUUGUGGUCAUUGCAGAAUUCUGGGCUCCCAACGCGCUGCAGCUCUGGGUGAUGAAGGCCUUUUUGUAUAUGAUUCUAGGCUCUUGGCUGAUGCAGAUAGGCUUCAUGCUGUACAAACCCAUCUCGGGCCAUCAGUGGAUGGACAAUGACAAAAACGACAUUAUAUUUGUCACCACCUUCUUCUGCUGGCAUGUGGCUUUCAUUGCCAUUUUGAUGAUGUGGAUCUACGGCUUCUCCUUUUGGUGGUAUUGUUACAUUUGUUGA